AUGGAUUCCCAGCUGGUCGAUCUUCCAAAGGGAGGAUUUGUUUAUGAUAAUUGUCGCAGAAAUGCGAAUCUUUCCAAACUUUCGGACCUGCCUUUCAAGAUGACUAAGACAGGCACAACUCUAGCUGCGGUCACAUUUGAUGGUGGAAUAGUGCUUGGUGCGGAUACAAGGACAACAGAGGGCUCAAUAAUUGCCAGUGGUUGCUGUGAAAAAAUCCACUAUAUUGCUGACAACAUUUAUUGCUGUGGCGCAGGUACUGCGGCAGACACUCACCAAGUCACUCGGAUGGUUUCGUCUCAAAUCGAACUUCACAGGCUGAACACUGGACGUAAACCACGUGUUAUCACCGCCCUUCGUCUUCUCAAACAACACCUGUUCAAGUAUCAAGGCCAUAUUGGGGCAGCAUGUAUCUUGGGAGGUGUAGAUAACUUUGGACCUCACCUCUACGGCGUCUAUCCUCAUGGAUCAAGCGAUAAAGUCCCCUACACAACCAUGGGCAGCGGCUCUUUAGCUUCUAUGGCUGUCCUUGAAACUAAAUAUCGACCGGACUUGAGUAGGGAAGAUGCGAUGGAGCUUGUUAGACAGGCCAUUCUCGCGGGUGUUUUCAAUGACUUGUACUCCGGAACUGGGGUAGACCUUUGCGUAAUUACCAGCAAAGGCACGGAAUUUCUUCGGCGCUACGACGUCGCCAAUGUGAAGGGUGUUCGCGCAAGAAGUUACUUGCCGAAGCCGGGAACCACCAAGUGCACCAAAUCAGAGGUCAAAAGAAUAGAGUAUGAAGUCGUUUCGACCCGUGUGAUUAGAGAUAUGGAGGAACGUGAGCCCAUGGUUAUGUAA